GAACGUGAAAAACAAUUAAACAUUAAAAAAAGAAAAGAAAAGAAAAGAAUAAAAAACAAGAGCCAUUCAGGCAGGGCAACUGUAGCAUUGCUACUUCUCACUGCCCAGCGACCACUGAACCAUUGGCUGCUGUUGCUGCUCGAGAAAAACACCCCCCAGAGUCCCGACAAACGUGAGCCUGUCCGGAGAGCCAAGAAGUUUAGAACCCAUCAAAAUUUCUGGGUCCGGGCAUGUGGGUUUUUCUUGCUGGGCACUAAAGGUCGCGACUUUUUUCAAGAAUUGGUUGGUAAUCGUUGGUGACGCAUGGCUUCUUCGCUGCUUAAUGGAGCUGAAUACGCGGGAUUGAUGAGGAGGGUGUCCCCAAAAGGGUUGGGCUUUGGGGGGUCGGGUCUUGGUGGGAAGAAUCUGAACCUGCGCAGAUUGGCCCUAGUGUCGCCCGCUAGGAUUGGGGUUGUGAAGAGAGCGGUGCCCAGAUGUAGCGUAUCAGCUUCUAGGCCUGCUUCACAGCCUAGGUUCAUACAGCACAAGAAGGAGGCGUUUUGGUUCUACAGGUUCCUCUCGAUUGUGUAUGACCACAUUAUAAACCCUGGACACUGGACCGAGGACAUGCGGGAUGACGCGCUCGAGCCGGCCGACCUCUAUGAUAGGAACAUGGUAGUGGUCGAUGUCGGUGGUGGGACUGGUUUUACCACUCUAGGUAUAGUUAAGCAUGUGGAUGCGAAGAAUGUCACAAUCCUCGACCAGUCGCCACAUCAGCUCGCCAAGGCCAGGCAGAAGGAGCCCCUGAAGGAGUGCAAAAUCAUUGAGGGGGAUGCGGAGGAUCUCCCAUUUAAGACUGACUACGCAGACCGAUACAUUUCGGCAGGAAGUAUUGAGUAUUGGCCAGAUCCCCAGCGUGGUAUUAGGGAAGCCUACAGAGUGCUGAAACUGGGAGGAAAGGCAUGUCUUAUAGGCCCGGUGUACCCAACAUUCUGGUUGUCUCGCUUCUUUGCUGAUGCGUGGAUGCUCUUUCCGAAGGAGGAAGAAUACAUUGAGUGGUUUGAGAAGGCUGGGUUCAAGGAUAUCCAGCUGAAAAGGAUUGGCCCAAAAUGGUACCGCGGUGUUCGCCGGCAUGGGUUGAUCAUGGGGUGUUCUGUGACAGGUGUUAAACCUGCGUCUGGGGAUUCUCCUUUACAGCUUGGUCCAAAGGCAGAAGAUGUCUCGAAGCCUGUGAACCCGUUCGUGUUCCUGCUGCGGUUCCUUUUGGGUGCAAUGGCCGCUACCUAUUAUGUACUAGUCCCAAUAUACAUGUGGCUGAAAGAUCAGAUUGUGCCCAAAGGUAGACCCAUCUAAGAGAGAGAGAGAGAGAGAGAGAGAUAUCCAUGUUGAGAAGCAAGGAGCAGCUCAUAACAACUUCCUGACUAUGUUUCUUUUGUAAGAGUUUGUAGUCGAAGAAUCCAUUUUUUUUCCUCUUUCUGUUGUCUGGUGAACUAUAAUUGAGCUCGCCUUAUCCUUCUUUCCUGAGUCUUGUUUUUGAGAAUGUUUAAUUGGGUUGUACAGGUGGAUGGAGUGUUAUCUGCUUCUGUUAAAAAAAAAAGAAGAAGCUCGUGCACCA